CUAUCGAGCCUGCACGGCGCUGAUAAAGAUGAGGUGGGUUCCUCCGGUAUAUAUGAAUCCUUCCUCGCUGUGGUCGACACGGCUCCGCUUCCGGAGGGUUCCCUACGUUUCGCCACACUGCGAGUCAGGCUGAGUCUGUCGCACUAAGUCCACUCGUGCUCUGGCCGUCAGGAUCGCACCAAACAUGUUGGUCCUCCGAGUAGCAGUGCUGCUGCUGCUGGGCGCGGCCACGGCCCCGUCCCAGCAGACUCCCAUCGAGAGCGCGGACAAGGUGCCCGUCCUGGAAGCCGUGAGAAACCGCUUCGAUCAUCGGCUCCUGCGCUUCGUCCCUCCGCCCCCACUCGUCCCACCCACUGGCAGGGCGCAGGUGCAGGAGCUGUACAUGGACCAGAUCCUGGACCACUACAAUCCCAAUGACAAGAGGACAUGGAAACAGCGGUACUUUGCACGAAGUGACCUGUACCAACCAGGUGGACCCGUGUUCAUUUUCAUUGGUGGAGAAGGUCAGGAAAGCGCGGGAUCCCUGAUGGACUACACUCUCUUUAUCACGUACCUGGCGGAGAACUUUGGAGCUAAGACAUACGAUUUGGAGCACCGGUUCUACGGCAAGAGCCACCCUCUUCCAGAUCUGACGACGGCGAGCCUGCAGUACUUGUCAGCCGACCAGGCGCUGGCUGACUUGGCCUACUUCAUCGAGUACCUGACAGAGACAGGCGGCAUCGUCCAAGGGCAACAGAUCGUCGUGUUCGGCGGCUCGUACCCCGGAAACCUGGCCGCUUGGGCCCGGUACAAAUACCCGCACCUCAUCAGGGCGGCGAUCUCUUCAAGCGCACCCGUCCACGCCAAGGCUGACUUCAUUGAAUACAUGGAAGUGGUGGGACGAUCCAUGACGACCAAAGCUGGGCAGUGGUGCUUCGACAAUGUGAAGAAGGCCACGGACAGAAUCGUCCAACUCCUUCAAACAGCUGCAGGCUAUCAACAGGUUCGGGACACCUUCCGUGUGGGCUCCGACCUCGUGGCCAAGCUCGACCUGGACGCCUUCUUCGAAACGUUGUCGGGUCCGUUCGCUCAUGCCGUGCAGUACAACCGCGAUUCCACGCCACAGUCCACUUCCAACAUCAAGUACAUCUGCAGCUUCAUGAGUGGGAACCUGACGCCGGACCAGGCCAUGGCGAAGCUGGCCAACCUCGUCCUGGGCAAAAACAACAUUCCCGGCAUCUACUACGACUGGUCGUACCGCAGUUCAAUCACGGGAUUGCAGAACACGGCGUACACCCAGGACGGCGAAGGCAUCUACGGCUCCUCGCGUCAGUGGAUCUAUCAAACCUGCAGCGAGUUCGGGUACUACCAGACGUAUUCCGCUGGCGACACCCCUUUCCCCAAAGGCUUCUACGACGUCAGCUACAACUACCAGCUGUGCAAGGAUGUUUACGGAACCAGCUUCGACAAAGACGAGAUCAACGCGGCGGUCAAGCGCACCAACCUCUUCUUCGGCGACCGCGCUCCCGACGUGACCAACGUCUUCUUCCUCAACGGCAACAUCGAUCCCUGGUACCCGCUGGGAAUCCUGGGCAACCUGAGCAGGAACGCGCCGGCUGUCCUCAUCGACGGAGGCUCCCACUGCGCAGACAUGGACUACCCGAAUGCGAUGAACGACUCGCCGUACAUUUCAGCGGCUCACACGAAGGUUUUCGAUUUUCUUCGCAACGUUCUCCUUGAAGAGCCCAACAGUGAUCCCGGUGCUAUCUAGCAAGUCCUGUCUGUUAAUGUCUGUUAAUUGCAACACUAGGACUAACCAAUGUAUUUGCUGCUCAAACUGUUCCCAUUCAGUUUCACUAAAAGUAAAAUGUUUUCUGUAAGAA